AUGGCCUCCGAAAAUCAAACCCAGCCCCAAUUGUGCUUCUCCUCCCCUACUUCUACUCAAUUUGAAAACAAACGUAACCGACAGGAGAGCCAAACCAUGAAGCACGCACUCGCAUCCUUCGGUGGUUACGCAGCUGAUGAGGAAGCUGACGCUAAUCCUUCAUCUCAAGUCAACAACAGCGCGAAGAGUAAGAAGAAGAAAAAGAAGAAGCACAAGAUCCACAAGACGCGAAAGAGAAGACAUUCUGAGAUUGUAGGAGGCAACGAUGAUGAGGAGGAUAUCGCGAGCCAAGUUCCAGGCGCCUCAUUGCCUUUCCGCAAGCACAAAAAUGCCACGAAAGAGGCCACUCUCAGCGGAGACGAGGUGAGUGACCGCGAGCGCAUCAAUGUCACCCCAACACCACCAGCCACGCGUCGUCGUAAGUCUGGAGGCUCGAAGAAGGCUGAUCGUAGAAAGGCUGGAAGCGAUGGGUAUGAUGCCAACACAGAGGAGGAGAGCGCAGCUGAAGACACGGAGAGGAAGAUAUCGCUCAUUGAUACUGUCAAACUUCCUGGAACCCUCAUUCAAGAAAAGACACCAAGCGCAGAGGAGGACAGUGGCAAUGGAGAUGGUCAACGUGCUGAGACACCAAUUCGACCACCACCACGUAUUCACGGCUCCAACAGCACCCAAUCUCUCAACGCCAUCAAGCAGGAGUCGCCAAAGAAAUUGCCAAAAAAAUCCACCAGGAAAGCCAAAACCCCUUUGCCAAGUACUGUCACUGAACAUGCUGGCAGAGCUGGAAUUGCCUCUUCCAUGAGAAAGCAGCUCAGCAACAUCUCGGAUGAUAUGUUCGCCAAGCCAAUCCCUCGUCGUGUUGCGUUCGAGCCACUUCCCGUCAAAGCAAAGUCCUCGCUGCAAACUCGAAGACGUGAAGCAGUGGAUGAUGAUUGGGAGGAGACGAUAGGAAAGGUUAGAGGACUUGUCAUUGGAAGUGGUGAUGCCGAGAUGGAAGAAAGUAAGUCACUUCCUCCCUUUCCAUUGCUUCAACUUCAUACUAAUGAGUACCAGAUAUCGCAUACUCAACCGUCUACCUCGAGUCAGCUCCGGAUAGGACCAUCAUAUAUGGUGACAGCACUUGUCGUAUUCUCAUGCUUUCAGCUGGUAACACUCGUGAUAUCAAGGCUGAGAAAGGAGGGGUUGUGCUUUGUGAAGUUACCAAAGGCGGACCGUUGCUCGUCAUGGUGACCGAUAACAAUCGCCAAGAUGGAAAGAGCUUUCGAAUCAACGAGGGAGGACUUUGGAGGGUCAGAGGUGCAGAGGAUUGUCAAGUUACAAAUAUUGCAGGCGAGGAGGUCAGAUUGACUAUCUUUGGCAAGGAGCAUCACGAUUGAGGGACCAGCAUCUUUGGGCGGGCGAUAUUUGAGGUUUGAAGGGUCCGUGAUCGCAGUGACUCCGGAGCCUGUUGUUGUGCCUGUGACUACUUUGAACUUG